GAGGAGGAGGAGGAGGAGGCGGGGUCUUGCUCGGUUUGGCAUUAUCGCAUGUUAUCUUGAAUUUAGGACUUCGCUUGUCGGUCUUCGGGCUGCACGCCGGAUUUAUGUAGAUGCAUCUAUCUGGCCAAUUAAUGAAGAAUGCCUUUCGCUGAGUUCAUAGCAGGAUGGAUAUCUGGUGCUGUUGGUUUGGUUCUUGGACAUCCUAUGGACACCAUAAAGGUCCGCCUGCAAACACAGUACAAAUAUCAUGGAAUCAUAGACUGCAUCAAAAAGACUUAUAAAAAUGAAAGGGUUCAUGGAUUUUUCAAAGGAAUGUCCUUUCCAGUUUUUACUGUUGCAGUCUCUAACUCUGUAGCUUUUGGAACUUAUGGCAACACUUUGGACUAUUUAAGCCAAUCAUAUCCCAGUAACAGCAACUUUCCACCUUCCUUCACAGAUGCUUUUCUUGCUGGUUGCUUUGCUGGAGCAACUCAGCUUUUAGUGUCUGCACCAGUUGACCUGGUAAAGGUUCGUCUCCAAAACCAGACACACCCUCAUCAAUCUGUACAUACAGCAUGUGUUACUUCAAAGUACAGAGGUCCGGUUCACUGUGCAGCCACCAUACUGCAACAAGAGGGCAUUCAGGGGCUGUACAGAGGGCUUGGUGCUUUAGCCCUACGAGAUAUCCCUUGCUUUGGCCUCUAUUUUCUGCCUUAUGAACUUAUCUGUUAUGGUAUGACUGAGGCAGGCCAACAACCAGGUACCCUGGCAGUUCUGGUCGCUGGAGGCUGUGCUGGGGUGAUCACAUGGGCUUGUGCUACACCAAUGGAUGUAAUAAAGGCCCGCCUUCAAAUGGAUGGCCUUGAGGGCUGUCGGUACAGAGGCAUUCUGCACUGUGUGACAGACAGCAUACGGACUGAGGGAUUUUCUGUGCUUUUUCGAGGACUACUGCUUAACAGUGUGAGAGCCUUCCCUGUCAAUGCAGUUACGUUCCUCAGUUAUGAGACCCUUUUAGAAAUUAUAAAGUAAAAAAAUUACAUUCUUAAGCCCAUACAGUCCAGUUCAGAGUCUCAGAAAGACCUGAGCUUUCCUAGCUGUAAUGGGUACAUGGACAGGACAACACUCCAUCAGAGGACCCACUCAGUUAAGUUGAAUGUAUUUAGGCAUGUGGAAAGAAAAGUGAAGGACCAGGAGAGAAACCUACACUGCCAUGAUGACAACAUCCAAAUGGCAUAUGGACUGCAUUUGGGGGAGAGAUUUAAAUCUAGGAUGUUUAAUUGGUGAAGCAGUAGCACUACACAGUAUGCCACCCCAUGACAUUUCCUAUGAAACUUUAAUUCACCAUGUGGUCAGGUUAUUCAUAUUCCAAUUAAAUUUCAAAGCAAAUCUAUUUUUUUAAUUUGAAAUUUAAGUUAUGUGUUAGUAAUGUGAUGAAGGAACAACAGGCAAUUCUAGUGAAGAAUUAACUGGGAAAAGUGUUGUAUUAGAUGUCAAACAACUUUGGGUGCUACACUUGAAUGUUCACAUUUUUUCUUUUCUUGGACAAAUCAUCUGUCUAUACUUUUAAGCAAAAAUACUAAACAUGAUCCAAAUUGCCAUGCAGUCUUUUUCCCUACUACUUGAUUAUUUUUAUUUUAAAAUUCCAGGGAAAUCAGUUACUUUUGAAAUUCUUGAGUGUUGUAUAAAGCUUUAUUUUUAAAUAGAUGGUAAUUAAUGGCACUUCCCGUUGGCAAAAUAACGUUUUACUAGUAUUGAUGGCAUUUCUAUGAUGUCUACAAAUUUUUAUCACUGUGAUUUGCAGCAGGCCUUAUGUACUGUAUAUAAUAAAAUGCAGACCUAGAAAAACAUUACAUAAAUCCAGUAUUGUUUUUAUUGGCAUGUAUAUGUGUAGAGAGCUAUUAGGCUAAAUAUAUAACACUGAACAGAGCAGAAGGCCAGAGUACACACACUAUAAUCGCCUGGCCACAGUGGGAUUGCACAUGGCUACAAGAGGUCUAAAAUUAGAGUGGUUAAACUUUUUUUCAAAAGUAAGAUCAAUCACUUAGACCUCUUCUUGAUAUGCCUUUGCUUUUAAACUAAAGUGUUUUUAGUGUAGAAUCACACUCUGCCGGCAAGUGAAAGUAUGCAAGUUCUUCUAGCACUUGAGUUAUCUCCAUUUCUCGCCAGAACAAACUCGAAAUUACAGAGCACAUAUCUGUAUUGACUGAUUGCAGUAUGUAUGAUCCAACGCUCAUCAUAGAAUGUUAAUCAUAUUAACACCCUCAUGCUAAAUAUGACUGGAAAAUUGGAGUACCUUUGUGUUUUAAAUAAAUCUAGUAGAUAUGCUAGUUUUUGUACAAUAUGUUUCCUAAGCAUGUAGUUUGAGCAGUUCAAAAGAGCAGUUUAAAAUCUUUUUUCUGAAAAGUUUUCUUGUAGAUUAAGGAAGAGACAUUAUAAGAUAAAGAACAAAUCCUUAAGUAUUUAUUUUACUCUUUAAUUAAUUUAGAUGCAUAUGACAGAUGAUGUAAAUAUUUUAUAAGAUAAAUAUUUUCCAGAAGCUAUCUGUUGUGAUGAAUCUAACAUUUUAAAUAAGCUUAUUGCUUCAAAACUCCUUAAUAUAUUGAUACCUGUAUGUUUUGCCAAUGUGUGUAUACUCAAAUAUUAUACAAUUAAAAAGAUCAAUUCAUCCAU